AUGACGUCUAUGCGUCAGUCUUCGGAGUUCUGCUAGUCACCUUAAUAUUUGGCUGCUUUAUAAAACAUAGUUCACUCAAAAGAACAGCAGCGUAGCUCAAUUUAAUAGAAUUAUUUUUUAAUCCACAAAAAUGGUAACCAAAGACGAUUUAGACAAAGACCAAAUAGCUCUACUAAAACGAGCUUUCGAUGCUUUCGCUCAAGAUAAAGGAUACAUUGAAGCCAACAUGGUUGGUACAAUUCUUCAAAUGUUAGGUCACGACGUUUCUGAGGACCGAUUACAAGAAAUUAUUGCUGAGGUCGAUGCGGAUGGAUCCGGACAGUUAGAAUUUGAAGAAUUUGUUACACUAGCAGCUGGAUUCCUAACCGAAGAUGAACCGGAAGACGUGGAGGCUAUGCAAGCGGAACUAAAAGAAGCGUUUAGAUUAUAUGAUAAAGAAGGAAAUGGUUACAUUACCACGGAUGUUUUAAGAGAAAUACUCAAAGAAUUAGACGACAAAAUAACAAAUGAAGAUCUAGAUAUGAUGAUAGAAGAAAUCGAUUCUGAUGGUUCUGGAACUGUAGACUUUGACGAAUUCAUGGAAGUCAUGACCGGCGGCGAUGAUUGAUCAAAGUGCAUUAUAUAUUUUCAUUUUAGAUUUAUAUACGAUUAUUCAAAACCCAGUUUUUUUUUUACAACAUAUAUCAUUAAUUUAAAUUUAAAUUUAAAAGACCUACAGGCUUUAUAAAGUACUUACUUAAUUAUCUAUAUAAAUAGGUAUAUGGUUUGUAUCAGUGUUCCCAACCAAUGAUCAGUCAUAAGUGGUCAGCGGUCCCAAAGAUUUGUAAGAAUAAUAAUAAUUAUAAAACGUAAUAUAAAGUAAUAAAAAUUUACACAUUUUGA